GCCAGCGACACUUGCCUGGCAAGGGGCGACUCCACCUGCCCUCGGCUCUCACUCUCCCCGCUCCUGAGAGGCGGACCAGGACCCCUCCAGGCGCGCGGGCCCAGUCCCGGCUGCAGGCACGACCCUCACCAGUCGGGGACGUGUGGAAGGGCGGCCAGGCACGAGCUGAGGAGGUUCCACCUCCAAAGCCCAAAACCCAAACGAGUGACGCGGGGCCGGGGGCCAAAUGGGGUACUGCGGCCCCGCGCCCCUCUCUGGGCUGCCAAGGGGAGCCGAGGGGCAGGCGCAGUGGGCGAGAAGGAACUCGUCCGUUUUCACAAACAACGACGCGUCGCGGCGGCAGGAGAUGGUGGGGCCGAAGCUCACCUUGAAGGGAUUGUUGAGAUCCGGGUCGGCAAACGGGUUACUGUCGAAAUCCGACAUCUCUCUGGCUCUCGGCGUCACCCACCCGACCCAGGCGCUGAGAGAGAGACGAGGCGAGGCCGCCGCCCCCCUGCGCGCUCACGUCGCCGCCGCCGAGCAGAUCCGGGUGCAGCUCGCGGGCCACCCAGCCGGCCGCGCCACUGAGCAUGCCCGGUGCGGCGGGCUCCCGGCCGCGGCGCCGCUCGCGUUCGCCGUCCCGUUCCUCCAGGUCCGGAUCGCACGCUCCGGGCUUUGGCUGCGACCGAGUAGGGAGUUGGGGCGUAGGAACCGGGAACUGAGAGCGGAUGAAAAGCGUCCCGCACGCCACGAGCCCGCGGGAUUCUCGGAGAGUAUGGGACGCUUCCCCUCCGCUCUCAGCCGGAGGCCGGCUGCGUCCGGCCCUGCUCGGUCUUCUGAAGACCAAUUUCAAAUCAGCUCCCCGGGGCCCAGCGUGACUUAGGGAAGUGGUGGCAUUUUGUGGGAAGGACGCACACUUGCCAGGUUGGGGGAGGCAGCCCGAGUCGCAGGCCGCGCACCCCGGGAGCAAUGCCGUUAGACCAUCGGACGCGGGCACUGGAGAGGCCACUGCACCGCCAGCCGCAGAUCACCUCCCCAGGGCGCGGACGCGGCCGCUGCUACGGGUUUUUGAGCACUCGUGACCCCACCUGAGAAUCCCGGCCUCCCAUCUUCCGGUCUCUCUGACUCUAAGUUGCUGCUAAAUCACGGAGAGCAGCCUUGGCGCUGCCGGUCCCAGCUUGAUCCAAGGAGCCUGGAGAAGGCGAUGAGAUUCAGUCCGAAGGGCCGGCCCUGGCUGCCAUCCUCCAGAAUCUGCAAAAUGGCUACUUCUUCAGAAAUAAUGGGAGAGGGAUGGUAAGAGGCCAGAGAUCAAGGCCCUCGAGUAUUAACUCUAGCAUUUGGGCACUAAAUAGACACUUUUGGAUUUUCCCUAGUCUUUUCCAACACCAAGGACGAGAUGAUCAAAAGAUGUGUUAAGAAAUUCAUUUGUACUGGCCGGGCGCGGUGGCUGACGCCUGUAAUCCCAGCACUUUGGGAGGCCGAGGCGGGCGGAUCACAAGGUCAGGAGUUCGAGACCAGCCUGGCCAAUAUGAUGAAACCCCGUCUCUACUAAAAAUACAAAAAUUAUCCGGGGGUGGUGGCGGACGCCUGUAGUCCCAGCUA